UCUGCGCUGUAAAUCAAUAAACCAUCGAAUAUUCUGAAUUAUCAAUCCAACGGCCAAAAACACCAAAUCCCAUUGUUCUUCUGACCUCAUCUCCUCCUCCUCUGAGCUCCCUAAGUCGAAUGUCAACCCUCUUCUCUUUUUAAGUUUUUCUAUUUCAUUAUACCUUGGAUCUUCCAGAUAUCUCUUCUUUCCGUGCAUCGUUAGAAGCAGUUCCUGGUUUCCCUGUUCGUCGAUUUGGAUCAACCAAAUAGAAAGAAAUAAAGAAUGGAUGACAUGAAAGACAAGUUCAAAGGUUUCAUGAAGAAAGUCUCUUCUUCAUCUUCUCCUUCUAAAUUCAAGGGCCAAGGUCGUGUCUUGGGCGGUGGUGGUUCCACUCCUUCUCAAUCAUCAUCCGGACCUACUAAUCCUCUCCAUGCCCGUUAUUCUCAACCUGUUAAUUCAAAUAAUUCGAAGCCCAAGCCAAACCCAUCUUCCUCUCUUACUUCUUCUUCAAAUUCCAAGCCUUUGCCUGAGAAAAGAUCCAAUCUUGAUCAAAACAAACCCACUCCUGCCAACAAAACCACGAAUGGCCUCGACCCAUUUGACUCAUUGAUCACUACUAGCAAAAGAUCUCAAAAUGGAUACUCGUUGAAUGUGUUUGAGUGCCCAAUUUGUGGGCAGUCGUAUCAAUCAGAAGAAGAGGUCUCUAUACAUGUAGAAACCUGUGUCAAUAACAGUAAUGCUAAGAGUCCAGUUGAAAGCAAUGAUCGUGUCGUUGGUGAUGAUAGUGCGGUAGAAGAGUCUAGUGGGAGUGAAUUGGAGAUUUGUGUUAGUGCAUAUUUGUCAGGAAAGCCGCUGGAGGGAUCGGUGGAGGUUGUGCUUAGACUGCUGAGGAAUAUUGUCAAGGAGCCUGCGAAUACAAAAUUUAGGAGGAUUAGAAUGGGGAAUCCAAAGAUAAGAGAGGCGGUGACUGAGGUUGCUGGAGGGGUUGAGUUAUUGGAGAUUGUAGGGUUUGGAUUGAAGGAGGAGGGUGGAGAAAUGUGGGCCAUCUUGGAGGAAGCUCCUAAAGAGGAGAAAAUUGGUUUGAUUAAUAAGGUGAUAGGAUUAUUAGAACCUAGGAAGGAGGAGCAGGAAGAGCCGAGGGCUGAGGCUAAGCCAUCUGAUGCUCCAGCUGAGACAGAGGAACAGGUUGAGCCAAAGAAGGUUGACAGGCAGAUAAGGGUCUUCUUUUCUGUCCCUGAAAAUGUAGCGGCAAGAAUUGAGCUGCCAGAUUCAUUUUACAGCCUCUCUGCUGAAGAGCUAAAAAGAGAAGCUGAUAUGAGGAAGAAGAAGAUUGCAGAAUCUCAGCUUUUGAUCCCCAAGUCUUACAAAGAAAAGCAAGCAAAAGCUGGUAGGAAGAGAUACAAAAGGACUAUAAUUCGCAUCCAAUUUCCUGAUGGAGUGGUUCUUCAAGGUGUCUUUGCUCCUUGGGAAUCAACAACUGCUCUCUACGAGUUUGUGAGCGCAGCACUAAAAGAACCUGGGUUGGAGUUCGAGCUGUUACAUCCUGUUGCAGUCAAACGGAGGGUUAUCCCUCAUAUUCCUUCAGUGGGGGGGAGAGCCACCACACUUGAUGCUGAAGAUUUGGUUCCUUCGUCUCUCGUCAAGUUCAGACCCAUUGAAACUGAUUCCUCUGUUUUUACAGGGCUCUGUAAUGAGCUCCUUGAGAUCAGUGAGCCACUGAAUUGAUUGAAUAGUGUGGUGGAAGAUCGCAAGUUCAAUUCCUGCAUCUGGUUUCAGUGUAAGCUUUAAAAUCAACUCGAUGGGUUGGGGCCGUGUGAUAAUCUUUCUUUAAAGUUUGCAUCCAUCCCCUUCCCCUCUCUUUCAUGUAUACUUGAACAGAUUAUACUCAGCAAGAACUAUUUUUGUACUCAUUUACCAUUUCCAAAUAAUACAUUUGUUGGCCAA